UGUGAGCGCCCCGCCGCCUCCAUGGCGAGGCCCCGCUGCCGGACUUCCGCUGGUGCGGUUGGCGCAGGCCGGGCAGAGCUGACGCCGGGGGCCGAGCGAGCGGCGGGGCGCGAUGCCGUACGCCAACCAGCCCACCGUGCGGAUCACGGAGCUCACCGACGAGAAUGUCAAGUUCAUCAUCGAGAACACGGACCUGGCGGUGGCAAAUUCUAUCCGGAGGGUCUUCAUCGCUGAGGUGCCCAUAAUAGCAAUUGACUGGGUUCAGAUUGAUGCCAAUUCCUCCGUCCUUCAUGACGAGUUCAUUGCUCACAGACUUGGAUUAAUCCCUCUCACCAGUGAUGACAUUGUGGACAAGCUGCAGUACUCCCGGGACUGCACGUGUGAAGAGUUCUGCCCCGAGUGCUCGGUGGAGUUCACUCUGGACGUACGGUGCAAUGAAGACCAGACGCGUCACGUCACAUCUCGAGACCUCAUCUCCAACAGCCCCCGGGUCAUUCCGGUGACAUCUAGGAACCGAGAUAAUGACCCCAACGACUACGUGGAGCAGGACGACAUUCUCAUCGUCAAGCUGAGAAAGGGCCAGGAGCUGAGACUGCGCGCCUACGCCAAAAAAGGCUUUGGCAAGGAACACGCCAAGUGGAACCCGACUGCAGGAGUGGCUUUUGAGUAUGACCCUGACAAUGCCCUGAGGCACACGGUGUACCCCAAGCCAGAGGAAUGGCCAAAGAGUGAGUACUCGGAGCUGGAUGAGGAUGAGUCGCAGGCCCCCUACGACCCGAACGGCAAGCCAGAGAGGUUUUACUACAAUGUGGAGUCUUGUGGCUCUCUGCGCCCCGAGACCAUCGUCCUUUCAGCCCUCUCUGGAUUAAAGAAGAAGCUGAGUGAUUUACAGACCCAGUUAAGCCACGAGAUCCAGAGUGACGUCCUCACCAUAAACUAGCUGCAGCUCAUCUGUUUGAGCAAAACAGUUGGAUUUCAGGUCUCUUCUGAGACUUUUUAGCUCCUGGGGACUGGGCAGCUGUUGCUCAAGUUUCUUGGCAAGCCUUCAGUACCAAUUAGCAGGGCAGCAGCAGGGCGGGUAGGUCCAUCCCGGCCUUGCUCAGUUGCAGAUCACCGGGGGCGCCACUGCUGCUGCAGGCAGGACAGCUUUCCCCCUUCAUUUAGCAUCCCUGGGCCUGCCUGUGGGUCGGCAGUGUGCUCCCUGAAACACUGGUUCCGCCCUGUCUCCCAGUGUGCCUCGGGGGCCAUAGGGCUCCCCUGUUGACCGCCACUGAGCUGGACUCUCAUCUUUGGGUUAUUUCAGCUCUUUACUUCAAACCCUUUCUGUUCACAAGUUGGAGUUUUCACCGUUGUAGGCUUGUCUGUAGGGUUCUGACUCUGGAAUCCUCACUCGGGCUGCUGAGAGCCCUUCCAGUCCCUGCCUCGGCCAUCCUAUUGGUCCUUCACUCAGAUUCUCAAGUGUCCUGAAUUUGAGUACCUCUUAAGAGUAGUGUUAGGCCCAGGCUAUCCCCCUCUUCCCGCCAGUAAACCUUGUAUUUUGUUCUCUACCCGUCAGUUUCAGUCUUCACCAACAAUGGCCAGAUGAUUUAAUUUGUGUGUGUGGUGAGGGGCGGGGAAGAGGACAAGGACCUUAAUGAAGAUCUGGCCUUGACCCCUUAACCCUGUAGGUAGGUACAUACCCAAUGCAGUUAAUUAGGCAGCCUGGCAGGAGAAGCCUGGAGAAAACCGGAAAUCUAGUACAGAAAGGAAGGGUUAUUUAUUAACAGUAGUUGUUUUUUGAAAGUUUUUAUUUUUGGCAAUAAAGAGCACAACGUA